UUUACCAUAAAAUAGCACAUCCGGGUCACCAUGCAAAAUAAUUACCGAUCGUAGCAGCCAACAGUUAGACAUAUAAAUAUUCGUAAAAUCGCGAAAAUUUGUUGUAAAAUUCUCAAUAUUCGAAAAAAUGAGCUUUUCUGAAGGUGAUGCAGAGAAGGGGAAGAAAGUUUUUGUAACCAAAUGCUCACUGUGUCACACUGUUGCGAAAGGUGGAAGACACGGUGUUGGACCGAAUCUGUUUGGAAUAUUCGGACGUAAAACCGGACAGGCUAAAGGAUAUAAUUAUAGUGCAGCAAAUACUAGCAAAGGAAUAACUUGGUCGGAGGAAACGCUUUUCGAGUAUUUGUUGAAUCCGAAGAAGUACAUUCCAGGUACGAAAAUGGUUUUCGCUGGAAUUAAAAAAGAAAAGGAACGAUCUGACCUGAUAACAUACCUGAGGGAUGCGACAAAAUAAUUGUUUGAGCGAAGCCAUUCCAAUCAACUCAAAAAUAAAUUCUUCUCAAAGGAAAAAGAUAAAUUCGUUCCCUCGGUCAAUGUAAGCG